CAUCGCAGCCUCUGGUGACAACAGGCCCGCUGUGGUAACAAUGAGGUGGAGAUCUGUAUGUCUGAGUAUUCUUGCUGUCUUUCUUGUCACUGAGGUGCAGACUAGACUGGUUCGCAACCAUGUCAGCAGCAUCUGCAGCACAUGGGGCAGAGAGCACUUUAAGACCUUUGAUGGGGAUGUGUACCAGUUUCCUGGUUUGUGUGAAUACAACUUGGUCUCAGACUGCCAUGAGCUCUACCAAGAGUUUUCAGUGCAUCUGAAAAGAACAGAACAAGAUGGAAAACCCACAGUCAGCUAUGUGCUAGUCACCGUCAAUGACCUGUAUUUCCACAUCACCAAGACUCGUGUUGUUGUCAACAGUGAGCUUGUCACUUUGCCAUACUACCAGGGGGGUGUCCAAGUUGAAAAAAAUGCAGUUUACACUAAGCUCCAGGCCAAAGUUGGCUUCACUGUUAUGUGGAACGGAGAUGACGCUGUCAUGGUGGAAAUUGACAAUGACUACGCAAAUCGCACCUGUGGACUUUGUGGGGACUUUAACGGCUUUCCAGUCUACAAUGAGUUCAUGCAUAAUGGCCGCAAAAUCAGCCCCAUUGAGUUUGGCAACAAACACAAAGCCCAUCGGCCAAAUGAUGACUGUGAGGAUCCCUAUGAAGAGGAAGAAUUACUACAGACCAAGACAGUAGAUGAAUCUUGCAAAGAGUUUCGAACCCCUUGUGAACAAAUGCUCAUUGCAGAGUCUUGGAGCUCCUGCAUCAAACUGAUUGACCCUGAGGUUUACAUCCAGGCUUGUGUGCUGGACAUGUGCGGCUGUAGCAACAGCUCAGAUGACUUCUGUGUCUGCAGCACACUGUCAGAGUUUUCCCGGCAGUGCUCCCACGCUGGAGGACAACCCCCCAACUGGAGGUCACCUCAGUUCUGUGAUAAACAGUGUCCGUACAACAUGGUGUUUGAGGAGAGUGGUUCACCUUGCAUGGACACUUGUACACAUCAAGAUACAAGUUCUCUGUGUGAGGAACACAAAAUUGACGGCUGUUUCUGUCCUCCUGGAACUGUAUUUGAUGACAUUUCCAUGAGGGGAUGUAUUGAUAAGUCUGAUUGUCAGUGCAAGCAUAUCAACAUCUAUGAUGCUGGACAGGUGUAUCGACAGGACACAGAGGAAUGUACAUGUUUUGAAGGGAGAUGGAUUUGUGUGAGUCUUCAAAGACGUGCCUUGUGCUCAGUUGAAGAGGGCUCACACUUCACUACUUUUGAUGGGAAAGCGUACACCUUCCAUGGAGACUGUUACUACACUCUGGCCAAAGUGGAAAGAAAGGAUGAAAUUAGCCCAAAGUUUACUAUCCUUGCCCAGCUGGUGCCAUGUGCACACCAACAGUUUGACACUUGUCUGAAGACCCUCAAAGUCCUGGUGAACAAUGACAGAAACAAUGUGUUAACAUUCACACCAGAUGGGUUGGUUCAGCAGAAUAGUCAGCCUGUCAGCUUGCCCUACUACUCAGGAGACAUCACCAUAUUCCAGCCUUCAUCCUUUCACAUAAUGAUGCAGACUAGAUUUGGGAUACAAAUUCAAGUCCAACAUGUUCCCGUCAUGCAGGUCUACAUCACCUUGGAAGAGAGUUACAAAGCAAAGUCGCGCGGUCUGUGUGGGGACUUUAACAUGGUUCUGAGUGACGACAUGAGGACUCCUCAGGGGAUUGUGGAAGGAACUGCGGGAUCUUUUGCUAACUCCUGGAAGGCUAACCUCAUGUGCAGUGACACAGAGGAAAGACUUGAUGACCCAUGUUCCCUGAGCAUUGAAAAUGAAUUGUAUGCUAAACACUGGUGUGCCUUGCUCCGAAGUCCAAACAGUGAAUUCACACAGUGUCACUCAGUGGUGGACCCUGAAGCAUUCUACAAGCGAUGCAUGUAUUCUAGCUGCAACUGUGAGAAGAGCGAGGCCUGCCUGUGUGCUGUUUUCUCUUCCUAUGCUCGAGCUUGUGCUGCAAAGGAGGUGUUCCUGACGGACUGGAGUGAGAAUGUCUGCAAUAAAUACACCAACAACUGCCCAGAAACUCAGGUCUUUUCUUACAAACAUCAGAGAUGCCAGCUGACAUGCAGAUCCCUGAGCUCAGAGCAGCAGAGCUGCUCCUCUGACUUCCUGCCUGUAGAUGGAUGCUCCUGUGCUGAAGGCUUCUACCUGAAUGAAAACCACAUGUGUGUUCCAAUGGCAAAAUGUUCGUGUUAUCACAAUGGAGCCUACAUCCAAGCAGGAAAGUCAAUCAACAUCAAAGAUGAGCACUGUGUGUGCAACAAUGGAAUGCUUCAUUGUCGUUCUUGGAGAUUCCGAUCAGCAGUUACAGCAUGUCCAUUUCCAAGAGUUUUCUUCAACUGUUCUGCUGCCAGCAGAGAAGAGACAGAACUGCAGUGUGUUCAAAGCUGUUUAAAUCUGGACAGUGAUGAUUGCGGCUACACAGACUGUGAAUCUGGCUGCCGGUGUCCCAGUGGCCUUCUUGAUGAUGGCAGGGGUUCCUGUGUAAAACAAAGUGACUGUCCGUGUCAGCAUGAUGGUCGGGUUUAUGCCCCAAGAUCAAUAAUUUCAAAACAAUGCAACAAAUGUACCUGCAAAAGUGGCCAAUGGGAGUGCACAGAGAAAAAAUGUCCAGAAACCUGCAUUAUCUAUGGAAGUGGCCACUACAAUACCUUUGAUCAUCGCACAUUUGGAUUUCAAGGACACUGCGGUUAUGUUGCCAUGAAGAAUAACUGUGGCAAUAAAACUGGAGUAAACAGGUUUGGAGUUAUCACAGAAAACGUUCCUUGUGGAUCUACCAAUGCAACAUGCUCCAAAAAUGUCAAAGUUCAACUUGGGCGGACAGAAAUCAUACUGACAAAGGGUAAUUAUAAAGUGGAGGACCUUGAGGUUGGAGCACUGCUAAAGUACAAAGUGAGGAGGGUAGGCUUGUACCUGGUGGUAGAAUCCGACAUUGGUGUGGCAGUAAUGUGGGAUCGGAAGACAACUAUUCGCAUCCUACUGGAACCUCAACACAGUGGUGAAGUAUGUGGCCUGUGUGGGAAUUUUGAUGGUGAUGGACAGAAUGACUUCACCACACAGGGUCAGAUGGUGGUUACCAAUCCACUAGAAUUUGCAAACAGCUGGAAAGUGAGGAGCAGCUGUAAAGAUGUGGAAGAGAAUGUUGAUCCUUGUGACUUAGAACCCAAACGACAGCACUGGGCUAAAAUGAUGUGCGGCAUAAUAACAGGAACAACAUUCCAUCAAUGUCACACUAAGGUCAACCCCCAGCCUUACUAUGACAACUGCGUGAAAGACUCCUGUGCCUGUGAUGCCGGAGGAGACUGUGAGUGUUUCUGCUCAGCAGUUGGUGCAUAUGCACAGGCCUGUAAUGAGGCUGGUGUCUGUGUUGCAUGGAGAACUCCCGACAUUUGUCCUGUUUUUUGUGAUUACUAUAACAACCCAAACGAUUGCACAUGGCACUACCAUCCUUGCCACACACCUUGCUAUAAAACCUGUCUAAACCCACAUGGAAUAUGUAGUAACCCAAUACCCAAUCUUGAAGGCUGUUAUCCUGUAUGUCCAGAGGAUAAACCAAUAUUUGAUGAAAAAAACCAAACAUGCGUGGAAGCAUGCCCAUACUGCAUUUACAAUGGGACGAUAUAUGAGGAAAAUGAGGUCAUUUAUAAUGUGACUGACAAUCUGGGAAUGUGCUACUAUGCAAUCUGCAUAAAUUCAACAGUAAUACAUAGCAAUGAAUCCUGUGCAGCAACAACAGCUACACCUCCCACCCAAUCUACAACUACUAUGGAGACAAGCACCACAACUGUAUCUACAACGACACCCACCAGACAAACUACAAGUACCAUGGAGCAAACCACCACAACUCAAACAAUAAAACCACCCGAGUUCACCACUUCUACUCCAGAGUCGACCACAACAACUUCGACCACUGUGGCAACAACAACCCCAGAGAUGACCACCACAACAGAGGCAACAACGACAUCCACAAGUACAGCCUGUGCUCCAACAUGCGACUGGUCAGAAUGGUAUAAUGUACAUAAUCCAACCACUGACAAAAAUGACUGGGAGACAUAUGAAAACAUUACAAACAGUGGUCUGCAGAUUUGUCAUGAUCCCAUGUUAAUCGAUUGUCGCUCAGCUGAUAGCCCAGAUAUGGAUUUUGAUGAUUUUAUAGAAGAAACCAAACAAACUGUUGAGUGUGACAUAAGUUUUGGCUUAAUAUGUAAAAAAGAAAAUCAGCCUUUACGACCAGGAAAGUGCUUUGACUACAAAAUAAGAGUUUGCUGUCCAGUGAGCACAUGUCAGCCUACUGCAUCUACUUUGACCACCAUAGAGUCAACUACAACUACAACUACUGUAGCAACAACAACUACCCCAGAGAUACCCACCACAACUGUAGCUACAACAACACUUACCAAACAAACAACUACCACAGAGCAAACCACCACAACUCAAACAAUAACACCACCUGAGUUCACAACUUCUACUCCAGAGUCGACCACAACAACUACAACCACUGUGGGAACAACAACCCCAGAGAUGACCACCAAAACAGAGGCAACAACGACACCCCCCAAAGAAACCACAACAACCCCAGAGCAAACCACCACUACUCCAAAAACAACAACAACUUUACCACCUGAAUUCACAACUACCACUCCAGAGACGACCACAACAACUACAACCACUGUAGGAACAACAACCCCAGAGAUUACUAACACAACGGAGGCAACAACGACACCCCCCGAAGAAACCACAAUAACCCCAGAGCAAACCACCACUAAUCCAAAAACAACAACAACUUUACCACCUGAAUUCACAACUACCACUCCAGAGACGACCACAACAACUACAACCACUGUGGCAACAACAACCACACCAGAAAUAACCCCCACAACUGAGGCAACAACAACACCCACCAAACACAGUACAACUACCACGGAGCAAACCACAACUACUCCAACAACAACAACAACUUUACCACCUGAAUUCACAACUACCACUCCAGAGACGACCACAACUACAACCACUGUGGGAACAACAACCUCAGAGAUGACCACCACAACGGAGGCAAUAACGACACCCCCCAAAGAAACCACAACAACCCCAAAGCAAACGACCACUACUCCAAAAACAACAACUUUACCACCUGAAUUCACAACUACCACUCCAGAGACGACCACAACAACUACAACCACUGUGGGAACAACAACCCCAGAGAUGACCACCACAACUGAAGCAACAACGACACCCCCCAGAGAAACCACAACAACCCCAGAGCAAACCACCACUACUCCAAAAACAACAACUUUACCACCUGAAUUCACAACUACCACUCCAGAGACGACCACAACAACUACAACCACUGUGGCAACAACAACCCCAGAGAAGACCACCACAACGGAGGCAACAACGACACCCCCCAAAGAAACUACAACAACCCCAGAGCAAACCACCACUACUCCAAAAACAACAACAUUACCACCUGAAUUCACAACUACCACUCCAGAGACGACCACAACAACUACAACCACUGUGGCAACAACAACCACACCAGAAAUAACCCCCACAACUAAGGCAACAACAACACCCACCAUACAAACUACAACUAGCACAGAGCAAACCACCACAACUUCAACAACAAUACCACCUGUCUUCACCACUACCACUCCAGAGUCAACCACAACAAUUAAAACCACGGUAGCAACAACCACAACACCAGAGAUAACAACCAUAACAAAAGCUACAACCACACCCUUCAAACAAAGCACAACUACCAUAAAGCACUCUACCACAACUCCAAAAACACCAACUACACCCAAUAUUAUUGGCACUACCACUCUAGAGUCGACCACCACAACUACACCGACUGUGGCAAGCACUACCACCCCAGAGCUGACCACCACAACAAAGGCCACAACCACAUCUACUACGAUAACCACAAGUUUUACGAUAGUCACAGGUCCAACCUCUACAAGCUCAACACCCGCAACAGACAAAGUUGUAACAGACAGUACUACACAAACCACUACGGAAUGCUUCUGCAUUAUAAAUGGCACACAUUAUAAACCAGGAGAGGUAAUAUUUGACAUGUACCACAUUGGGUCCGGCAUUUGCCUGACAAUGAUAUGUUCAGAUAUCUGCAAAAUUAUGAACAAGACGGAAGCUUGUCCCACUACAGCACCAUCUACACUGGAACCCACACCCACAUCUUACACACCAUCAUGUCCUGAAUGGGAUGUUGUCCAAAAUGAAACCUUUGUCUUGUGCAAUUGUACAAUGGCCAGAUGCAUUGAAAAUGGUACAAUUGAAAUAAUACCAUAUGAGUGUCCACCUCUUCAAAAUAUAACUUGUGCCAGUGGAAAGAAACCUGUUCUUGUUUAUGAUGAGUUCUACUGUUGCCAGCAUUACGUCUGUGACUGUGUAUGUGAGGGCUGGGGUGAUCCCCAUUACAUCACAUUUGAUGGAUUGUACUACAGUUACCAAGGAAACUGUACUUACAUUUUGAUGGAAGAGAUUACACAAACGCACAACCUAAAAAUUUAUGUUGAUAAUGUUUAUUGUGAUCCCACUGAAGAUGUUUCUUGUCCACGAUCAAUUAUUAUAUCAUUUAAUUCUCAAGUUAUCACACUUGUAAAUCAUAACUUGAUUGGAGCACCACGGUUAGAGGCUUUUGAAAAUGGUGAAAGUUUGAGACUACCUUAUUCACAGCAUGGAAUGAAGGUCUUGAGUUCUAGCCUCAAUUUGGUCUUUGAGAUCCCUCGCCUUAAAGUAGUAAUUACAUUUGGAAUGACUGGUUUUAGUAUUACCCUUCCCUAUCGGUCAUUUGGAAGAAACACCCAGGGCCACUGUGGCACAUGCACCAACAAUCAGGCUGAUGACUGUAUGUUGCCUGGGGGCCAGCUGGUGGAAAAUUGUGCUAUAAUGGCAGACUACUGGCUUGCACAAGACAUUUAUCAACCAGAUUGUGAAGUACCAUCUGUGCUACCCACCAGUCCACCUGAGCCUCCAGUGGAGCCAACUCCCUGCAACCCUGAUUCUAUAUGUGAUUUGAUCAAAAGCAGUGUUUUUGCAGAGUGUCAUUCUUUAGUUUCUCCCGACAAUUUCUACAGAGGCUGUGUUUUUGACAGCUGCCACGUUUCCAACCCAGCAGUGGAGUGUACAAGCUUGCAAACUUAUGCUGCUGCCUGUGCUCAAGCUGGUGUUUGUCUCCACUGGAGGAAUCACACAAAACUGUGUGAUUAUAGUUGCCCUUCAGACAAAAUUUAUAAGCCAUGUGGUCCUGCAGAACAGCCAACUUGUGAAGACAAUCCCAAUGAACCAAGCUUUAACUAUACAAUUGAAGGAUGCUUUUGCCCUGAUGGAAUGAAACUCUUCAACAAAGAUUCUGGAAUAUGUGUUGAAAAGUGUGGAUGUCUUGAUCCUGAGGGCAUUCCUCGAGAGUUCAAUGAAAGAUUUGAAUACAAAUGCCAGGAUUGCAUCUGUGAUGAGUCCACCAAAACUAUUGUUUGCAAGCCGAAAACAUGCCCACCACCACAUAACGCUGACUGUACCACUCCAGGUUUUGUGGUUGUGAACCAAACAAAUCCAGAAGACCCAUGCUGCUAUGACUAUGUUUGCGAAUGCCAAAUCAGUACCUGUCCUGCCAACACUAUAAACUGUCAGGUUGGAUAUAAACCUGUUAUGAGUGUUCCUGAGGGAAAAUGUUGCCCUGAGUAUUUAUGUGAGCCAAAAAGAGUUUGUGUCCACAAAGAAAUUGAAUAUCAGCCUGGGGCAUCAGUUCCUGCACAUGUAUGUCAGAACUGUAUCUGCAGCAAUGAGGUUGACCCAAAAACUGGUUUGUUCAAAGUGGUGUGCGAAUUUAUGCUGUGUGACCAAAACUGUGGUGCGGGAUUUGAAUAUGUGGAAACAGAUUCUGAUGUAUGCUGUGGAGAAUGUGUACAGAAAGACUGUGUGAUCAAAAUCAACAGUACCCAACAUAUCUUGACAGAGGGACAAACCUGGUCACCACCUGGCAACAAGUGUGAACAAUACACCUGUGUCAAGAAUGAUGACAUUUUAACAACAGUCACCUCACACAUAAUCUGCCCGAUGUUCCAAGAGAGCAACUGCGAACCAGAUUCGAUUCAGACAGCAGCAAAUGGGUGCUGUAAAAUCUGUGUGGAGAAAGAUAAGGCCUGCAAGGUGGUUUCUAUGACAACCCGGGUAACACAUAAUGGCUGUCAAGCUGAAGAAGAGGUGGACAUGCCAUACUGUGAAGGAUCAUGCAACACAUUCACCAAGUAUUCUGAAGCUGCUGCUGCUAUGCAACACUCUUGUUCUUGCUGUAAGGAGACACGCUUCAGCAAUCGCACCAUUGACCUGCUGUGCCUAACUGGAGAGAAGAUCCCGUUCACAUACAUGCACGUUGAAGAGUGUGGCUGUGGAAAAACGGCCUGCACCAAGCCUGCAGGACUACCUUCUCGCAGGAAACGAAGCUUCACACUGCAGUGACAAAACUAUCCAUAUUCACAUUAACAACUAAAAUAUGUAAAUCUUUUUUCUCCUUCCCGUCUCACAAUCACAACUUCUGACAUAGUAAAUCCAAAUGAACUAUGUAUUGUAUUUAUCAGCUGAUUAAAUGAAACUAAGCAACUCAAAAA